AUUUCUUGUAAUAGUUGAACCAGUUCCAAUGACAUGUCGCCACGUACCUAUCUACCUUCACAAGAACAUUUUAAUUAGCCACGUACGACUCAAUUUUCCUUAAAACCAUAGGACGGGAGUCUACCUUGAUAGAUGGAGAAAGAGCCGGCCAGCGCUGAUUCCCAAGGGGAGGGGGAUAAGCUACCGGCCGAUUGUCUUCUGGAUUACGCAGGAAAAGUGGUAAGCGACAAGCUGGCAUCCAAUCAGUUCGGGUUUAGGAGAAGGAGGUCCACGGUUGAUGCCCUAAGACUAAUCGCCGAGAGAGUAGAGGCGGCCAAUAACUGGAGGACCAGUUAAGUUUGCCUGUUGGCGUCAUUAGACGUUAAAAAUGCGUUUAAUUCAGCGAAAAGUAGAUAGAAGCAUUAUCACAGCGUUGACUAGCUUAAUACAUCAUGCUGUCUACGCGACGAAUUUUUUACCCAGCACGUCUCCUGGACUCUACCCAAAGUACUAACUGAUGCUGGCUAAUGAAUCUGCGACCUUGCGGUUAUGAGCAAUGAUAUAAAUAAUUUAGUGUACAGUGACUUUAUAGGAGUUUAGCCGCCAUUUUGUAUCAAAAACUCGAAUUGAAAAGUAGGCAACACACAAUACAUGUAUAACAUGUGUUGGGUAUGCAACAAUACAAUACCAUAGUAUAUGAUACACACUAACUGUAUUAUAAAUGCUAGUGUGUAUAAUCAAUGCCUACGUAUUUAGUUUGACGGUGUAACCUUACCUUUAGCCACUGUUGCUAUGUAAAUUUGCCUUUGACAGUUUUGUUUCUUUGAUUGCGUGCAGAUGGCGCUUGAAACAUUUCGAUUUUGUUGUGUCUUUUCGUAAGUUAACGGUUUUUCUCUUCUUUGCCCUUUUGUUGAACGUGAGUGCCAAAUUUUGACUUGGAUUGGAAGGAUGGCGGUUCCUACCAGCGAGCCGGAUCGUCUUGUUUCCCUGACUAAGGCCCUGAACAUUAACGAACUGAUUUCCAGUGAUGGUGCCGUUUUUGAAGUGAACUUUGACGACCUCCCCAAGGAAGAGGACGUCCUCGCCUACAAUCAAGCGGAGGCCUACGAGCACAGCAACUCCGCGUGCUGGGGAGUCACCGACGACGAUCGAUACCUAGAUGCCGAACCGUUUGAGUUACUCGCGAAGAAAAUGACCGACCUUCUCGAAGACGGAUCGAUAAAGAAGAAGGUGAUUCGGGAGGGUUACGGCGAUCCGAUACCUGACAAGGCGUUCGUUACGAUUCACUAUAACGCCUACAUCGAGUACAACGACGAGCCCUUCGAUUCCACCUACAUUCGUAAGAAACCGUUCAGUUUUACGGUGAAUAAUAGCGAGACGAUCGCCGGCCUCGAUAUCGGCACGCAAAGCAUGAAACUGAGCGAGGUUUCGCAGUUUUUGGUCGUUCCGAAGCUGGCUUUCGGACCGUUCGGUUGUCUACAGCGUGUCCCGCCGAACUCUACCAUUCUCUACGAGGUAGAGGUGAUGAACGUCCUGGAUACCGCGUGCGCCUCCCGUCUCCAGGCGAACGAAGAACCGCAGUGCUUCACUCAGAUCAAUCGACAGGCGCACGCCUUGUGCAACCAGGCGAACGAGGCGUUCAGCAAAGGCUCCACCUCCAAAGCGGCGGUGCUUUACAAUCGAGCUGUCGAGAAACUCCAAGCGGCGACUCUACGCGACAUGGCCGACCAGGAAAAGCAGGAGGAGCUCCUGCUCCGCCUCUACACGAACCUCGUCGUCUCCUACACGAAAAUGAAGGAGCCGCGUCGCGCCUGCAUCAACUGCAACCGCAUUUACAACCUCUGCAAGGGCACGUCGCUCAAGAUCCCUGCCAAGGUCUACUUCAACCACGGCCGUUGCCUAAUCCAGCUGGCCGACUAUGAGUGGGCGGAGCGAAAGUUGCGGCAGGCGCAGAGAAUGGAGCCGAAUAACCGGAGCAUAUCCGACGAGCUGCAGCUACUCGAUCGGAAACGGAAGGAGAGCCGAGAUCGCGAGAACGAAAUGGCCAAGGCGAUGUUUCCAGAGAUGAUCAAGUGCGGCAAAAGCAUCAGUCCGGAAUUCGAGAAGACGACGACCAAUUACUGCAGGGAUCUACUCUCAGACGGCGGCAGCGUGCAGUACAAUCUUCCCGGUAAUCUUAACGAGACCGAAAUCGCGUUCUGCAAGAGGGAGGCAGAAGCGAAUGGACUCGAGUUCGUCUGCAAAAAGCAAGAAAACAAGACCGUUUACUGCUUAGUUAAGCCCCAAACGACUUAAGAGCUAUGGCCAAUGAAUUAUUGAUUUUUGUUACCGUUCAUUAUUA